AUGAAUUGCGUGGACCGGGCGGACGGAGACCCUUUUAUGGACAACACUACGGAAAGAGACAAGAAGAACAAUGUGUCAACUUUCUGCUCUUCAACCGAGAUGUUUUACCCUUGGAUGAGACAACCAGGCAUAAACUUAAGAUCCAUUAAAGUCAGGGAAUCAGGUGAUUCCAGGUACAGCAGAGGUGUAGAAGGUUCCUCAAAGAGAGAACUAUGGGAUGGCACUUGUUCUAACAGUAAACGCCCACGUGCGUCCUUCACCUCCUCUCAGCUACUGGAGCUGGAGAAGGAGUUUCAUUUCAGCGCGUACCUGUGUCGCCCACGGAGGCUUGAAAUGGCUGCACUACUAAAGCUCAGUGACCGCCAGAUUAAAAUCUGGUUCCAAAAUCGUCGCAUGAAGUACAAGAAAGACCACAAGGAAAAGCAAAAGGCGAAGUUCUCAUACUCUUACAUGGACACUGGAAACCAGCUCUCUGCGAUUAGUGGCACCACAAUGAAUGCUUCAGUACCAUUAGAUUUCCAGAACCCGUUUGAGAAACCACCAAUGUCUGUCAUAAACUGUGUGAACUGGUGA